CUUGUAAUUGUGUACAAUGGUUUUUGAACAGUGGGCCAAUCAGAAUGAAUAAAUGACAUCAUACUUAGGCAUGUUUUAGUAGAGCUGAUGAUCUUUACCCAAACACAAUAAUGACUAAUAUUACAUUACACGUGUCACAUCGCAAUGGCUGUUGAAGAGCUGAAGAAGACUGACAAAUUUGAUCAACUGGUCUCUUAUAGAGGGUUGACGGUAGUCCACUUCUGGGCACCAUGGUCCGAGCCGUGCAAGCAGAUGGCAGAGGCUAUGGAAGAUUUAGCCAAGGAAUACUUGAACUCGAAGUUUAUAAAGAUUGAAGCGGAAGAGUUUCCAGAGAUAUCUCUCAAGUAUGAGGUGGUGGCUGUGCCUACCUUUCUACUGUUUAAGGCUGGUAAAGUUGUGGACACGCUGAAUGGAGCUCAUGUUCCUGAGCUCGCCAAGAAGACAGCUGCUCACUCUCAGACCAUGGCACCACCUCAGGCAGCACCAGCCGAGAAAGAGGAUCUUGACACACGCUUGAAGAAGCUAAUCAAUGCAGCUGAUUGUAUGCUUUUCAUAAAGGGCACAUCGGAAGAACCAAAAUGUGGAUUCAGUCGACAAACAGUGGCUCUGCUAAAUGAGUGUGGAACUAAAUUCUCUACAUUCAACAUUCUCGCUGAUGAUGAAGUCAGGCAAGGACUAAAGAAAUACUCCAACUGGCCCACAUAUCCACAGCUGUAUGUAAAGGGGGAAUUACUAGGUGGACUGGACAUUCUCAAGGAGAUGAAAGAAAAUGGAGAACUGAAAGAAAUAUUACCAAAGAGAAUAUCUUUGGAUGAUAGGUUAAAAUCACUGACUAACAAAGCACCUAUCAUGCUUUUCAUGAAAGGUUCUCCGGAGGAACCACAGUGUGGAUUCAGUAAAACUGUGUGCGGGAUUUUACAGGAGUGUGGGGCUACUUUUGAAACAUUUGACAUCCUCUCUGACGAUAAGGUGCGACAGGGGCUGAAGAAGUUUUCCAACUGGCCCACUUACCCCCAGCUGUACGUAAAGGGUGAACUCAUCGGUGGCCUAGACAUACUCAAGGAGCUGAAGGAAUCUGAUGAACUACUCUCCACACUAGGGUUGUCGGAGUAACCACUUUAAUCAAAUAUCAGCC